AUGUUUCUAUAUCAGUACACAAAAAGUUACUUCUUCAAUCCGAGGAGAUGCGGCUGGUGCGUUUAUUUCUUGUGGUCAUUUUCCUGUCUCCAACCCAUGCCGAGGAGCCCAACGAAGAAAUGAAAGUAGAAGUUCUAUACAAACCACGUGUUUGUCUGAAAAAGUCACAAUUCAACAACAUGCUGAAAGUCCAGUUCAAAGUGUUCUUUGAAAACGGGACAUUAUUUCAUUCAAGUUAUGACACUGAUGUAAUGAUGGAUAUCCCCCUUGGACUUGGGCACCCGUCAGGUGAAUUGGAGAGAGGUUUCAAGGACAUGUGUAUAGGGGAGAGGAGACUCUUAACGGUCCCACAUCACGGGCAGGGGGAUAUGGACCUCCCACUACAUAACGGAGAUGUGCUCCCUCCCAACAUUCCCCUAUUGUACGAGGUAGAGUUGAUAGACUUGGAGGAUAAGAUAAACGUUAAGGAGGGCUUUGAGAACAUCGACUCCGAUGGCGAUGACCACAUCACAUUGGACGAGAUCAUGGAACAAUUCAAGACUAUCCAGAAAGAGGGCGGAGACAUGGCGCUAUCCCCCGAGAUUCUCUUACAGGUGUACAAUAACCUGAUUACCGCGGCAGACAAGGAUAACGACGGCAAAAUCUCCCGGGAGGAAUAUCGAUACAUCCUCCCACAUGAAUUAAGGGACGAAUUAUAAAUAGUGUUUAUUAUAUUUCAAAUUAUAUUGAUCCACAUCAUAUGACAAUUUUUUUUUGAGUGAUAGUAAAAAUACAUAUAACUUUUAAUAAUAUAUUGCAAUCUUAAAUGUACAUAUCAAAUUUUGGCUUGGCUUUUUGUAACGUUAUUCUACUUGGUAUCGCUAUUCAACCAUGUUCACUAUUUGUAUUUACUUUGUUCGUGUUAUAAAUCACAGUUAUGUGGAUUUUGUAACCUGCUGCAUAGGAAAUCAUAGCAUUCAGAUGACAACUAUGUAUACCCUCCGGUGAAAGCAUUACGUGUACAUAUAUUACACAUUCAGUAAGCCCUUAUUUGUUGAAUAAAGGUAAAUUCUUAUUUUCUA